UCGAUGGACAAUUUUUCACUAGAUCCAUGUUAGAUAACAUUACUGCUUGGCUUCACUCUUUAACAGUGGCCCUCUCGUUUUCUCUCUCGAGAACUAAACACGCUCACUCAAAUCUCUUUCACCUCCUCCAUGAGCUGAAGCUUCAGGGUUGGUUUAGUGGAGGAUGACAGAGUCUAAUACCUGCCGCUGGCCUGCAAGUUCAAACCCCACUACUCCCCUUGGGCCCGGGUCAGGGAAGAAUACAAUUGGAAAAUGUUGGACUGAAGGUGAUUUAACCAAGUGCUGAUUCCCUGUGCUUGAAUUGAUAUCUUACUGUCACAAUGUCCAAAACCAAAAUGGCUAUGCAGUCACUCUUCUCUAAAUAUAAAGUAUUAACCUCUUCCUGUUGCCCUCUUGUCCAACACAAGCACUACUGCUAUCCCUUUCACUCUUUCCCAGCCCCACAAGUGUCCGGCCUGUUAUUACCGGACCUUGUGAAUGAGAUAUCUCGUGUAGUCAGUGAUCACCGGUUCCCUCACCAUGAUCUAGAACUCUCUCUCAAUCCAUUUUCAGCACAAAUGUCCACCGAUUUAGUUGAACAGGUUUUGAAAAGGUGCAAUAAGCUUGGCUUCUCAGCCCACAGAUUCUUUCUUUGGGCUAAAUCAAUUCCAGGUUUCCAGCAUAGUGCUGAGAGCUUCAGCAUUUUGGUAGAAAUCUUAGGAAGUUGUAAACAAUUUGCUAUACUCUGGGAUUUUCUUGUAGAAAUGAGAGAGUCUUCUUGUUGUGAAAUCAAGAAUGAUAUCUUCUGGCUCAUUUUCAAGGCAUAUAGCCGGGCUAAUUUACCGGAUGGCGCAAUCCGGUCUUUCAUUAGAAUGGAUGAAUUUGGAAUUAACCCAACUAUUCAUGAUUUUGAGAAGCUUUUGUACUUUUUAUGUAAAAGGAAGCAUGUCAAACAGGCUCAGAAUUUUUUUGAUCAAGCUAAGAGUCGUUUCAUGUUAACUGCUAAGACUUACAGCAUUUUGAUAAGUGGAUGGGGUGAGAUUGGUGAUUCAGGGAAGGCACAUGAGCUGUUUCAAUCAAUGCUUGAGCAAGGAUGUCCUGUGGAUUUGCUUGCAUAUAAUAGAAUUUUAGACGCCCUCUGCAAAGGAGGUCGUGUGGAUGAAGCUACAAAUAUUUUUCAUGAUAUGCUGUCAAAAGGAGUUGAACCAGAUGCUUUUACUUACUCAAUAUUCAUUCACGCGUAUUGUGAUGCAAAUGAUAUACAUUCAGCUUUCAGGGUUCUUGAUAAAAUGAGAAGAUGUAGACUUUUGCCAAAUGUGUUUACAUACAAUUGUGUUAUAAAGCGGCUUUGUAAGAAUGAAAAAGUGGAAGAAGCUUAUGAAUUGUUGGAUGAAAUGAUUUCAAGAGGAGUAAAACCAGACACUUGGAGUUAUAAUGCAAUACAAACUUACCAUUGUGAUCAUUGUGAGGUCAAUAGGGCUCUAAGGUUAAUGUCUAGAAUGGAAAAGGAUAAUUGUUUUCCUGAUCAUCAUACAUAUAACAUGGUGCUCAAAUUGCUGAUUAGGAUAGGAAGGUUUGAUAAGGCAACUGAAGUUUGGGAGGACAUGGGGCAUAAAAAUAUUUAUCCAUCUGUCUCAACAUAUUCUGUCAUGAUUCAUGGUUUUUGUAAAAAGAAGGGAAAGGUAGAGGAGGCAUGUAAGUACUUUGAGAUGAUGAUUGAUGAAGGAAUACCACCUUAUGUUACUACGGUUGAAAUGCUGCGGAAUCGCCUCUUGCGUUUUGGCCUUUUGGAUCGCAUUGAAAUACUUGCUGAUAAGAUGAGGCAGGGAACUUCAUGUUCAAUCCAUGAAUUGGCAAAUAUUAUGAGUGGUGUUACAGUUGCUCAUAAUGCUUUAAGGCAUGAUGAGAUGGACUCCGAAAGUGACUGAAGAAGUGGCUAAUAAGUGUACCCGCCUAUUUUAUCAUAGCUGAGCGCACCAUGAAGAUUCUAUUUCUUUGGGGGUAAUGGUUAACUGAUGUGUUUUACAGUGCUGGAUAUGACAAAUUAUUCUUAUACCAUGAAGAUAUUGAUGUAUGUGUAUCAAGUAUCAGUGUAGCAACUAGUAGUAAGGUAACUUAUUGCUCUUUAGCUGCAAAAUAGCUAGAAAACUUUUAAAUUUGGCUUAACGGCCAUGGCGGCUAAUCUAUUCUUAUUUUUUAUUUCAUGCUAUCACCGUCUUGGCAGCUAAAUGUAGUCUGCAGCUAAAUACUCUUUAUUAGGAAUUUAAACACUUAGUCAAAGUUUACAGGCACAUAGACACUCAU